AUGGAUGAGGUAUUGGGUCAAACUUUUGUUGAUGGGAUAGAUGAUGCAUCAUCAAAGAUGAAUCUUGAUUCAGCUUGUGGGGGUAGUUGCAUGGCUAGACCGUACAGUGAAAUCCAACUCUUGCUAAAUAACGUCACUUCUAAUGAUCAUAAUUGGCAAGGUGAUGGUGAUUCUCGAAGGGCAAUUAAACAGAAAGCAGUCGGGUUGAUUGAGCUUGAUGACUUUUCAGCCAUGAGAGCCGAUAUAGCAAAAUUGGCAAAUCAGAUGAAUAGAAUGACAAUGCAACAAACACAGUCGAUGCAACAUGAAGUGCCAAAGAAGAGAAAAGACAAGCCAAUACCUGAGGGGGAGUUGAUUCCUAAGGCGACACGUGAAUCAAAGAAAAAGGAUGCAACUUCAGAGCCAGUGGAGGCUGCAAGACCACCACCACCUUUCCCUCAGAGAUUGCAGAAAAAGAAUGAUGAUCACAUGUUCAGCAAAAAUCUUUCUAUGUUGAGCCAGGUUCAAUUAAAUAUUCCACUGGUGGAUGUACUUCGUGAAAUUCCAAAGUAUGCUAAGUACACAAAAGAUAUAGUAGCUCACAAGAGAAGAUUGACUGAAUUUGAGACAAUUGCACUUACUGAGGAGUGCACUUCAAGAGUCCAAAACAAGCUCCCUCAAAAGCUUAAGGAUCCUGGUAGCUUCAUCAUCCCUGUGCGAAUUGGUAAUAUUGGUGUGGGCCGUGCUCUUUGCGAUUUGGGGGCGAGCAUAAAUCUGAUGCCCUUAUCCUUGUUCAAGCAAUUGGGUCUGGGAGCUCCAAGACCAACUACUGUGAUGCCACAGCUGGCUGAUAGGUCUAUAGCACACCCUGAGGGAGUGAUUGAAGAUGUAUUGCUGUAA